AUGGUGCAGGCAAUAACUUUAGCAGUAAUGAUCAACGCUUAUUUAACUUUUUCUCUCGGAAUAGUAUUUAAUUUUUUGCUUUAUUAUUUGGCAAAAAAACAUUCAACAAAUGAUCUCAAAGAAUAUUUUCGAAUUACUGUUUAUCACAUUUGUUGGCAUUUACUUCAAAUAAUAUCCCAAACAAUAGGGCAACCGCUUUUCUUCAUUGCUUCGGAUAAUAAUGCGUAUGUUUUUCUUCACGGCCCAGGUAGAUGGAUUCCUGCAAUUCCUUUACAGCAUUUGGUUCUCUUGGUUUAUUUGUGUACUCUGGGAUGUAGUACAACCUCUAUUUCAUUGCAAUUUAUUGACAGAUAUUUGGUUAUUUGCAGAAAUCAUUCAAAUCAUUUUCGUCGCUAUUCAAUUAUGGGAUUCAUAGUUUUGCUUAAUGCUGUAGUCAUCAUUAUUGUAAAUAUUUGUUCAUUGCCCACAGUUAAUUAUCAGCUAACAUUACAAAAAUUUGUCAAAAUUUGUGGGUUAUUAUUCGACAACACACAAAAUGUUGAGUUCUUACAAAGUAUCAGAAUUAUUUGGUCAUCUGAUUAUGUAAUUUUUUCUAAUAAGUAUUAA